UCACCGGAAGUAUAGAGGUGGCGCUCAACUCGCUUUUCCUCUAUGGCGUUGGCGCUUUGUCGUGUGCUUUCUGCGCCUGCGCAAGGAAAAAAUUUUCCUGACGUAAAGAAAAGACAUCGCUUCGAAGAUCAGGCUGAUGGGAGUUGUAGUCCUAUAGCAGUGUCCGCCCCAAUGCCCUCUUGGGCCGAAGCGGUGCUGGGCCUGCUCUCCAACCUCCUGCUCUGUGCCGCCUGCCUGGGCUCGGCUGUGGGGACCUUCCAGAUCAACCGUGGUGCCUCCGCCGGCUUCCUUCUCCAGGCGCUGGUGCCGCUGCUGGACCUGGCUGCGCUGGUGCUGAGUGUGGACCCCUUGGAGCCCUCCUCGGUGGCCGCAGAGGGGUCCUGGGUGGCCGCGGUGCUGGGCCUUCCUCUGCUGGCCUUCGGCUUCCACUGGCUGCACGGCGACUCCUCGGCGGCCAACGCCAUCCUGGGCGGAGCGCUCCUUCUGGCCGCGGCCCGGGGACGCUUCUCCGAGGAAGGACAGGCCUUGGCUGGACACUCCGCCACCGCUGUCACCGCCAUCACCAUCCUCAUCAUUUCGGUCUUCACCGGGAACGCUUAUGGGAUGGCCGGCAGCCUGCUGGUUGGCCUCGCCGGGCUCUUGGAAGGAACUCUGUGGACGAUUUGGCAAAAGAAGGAUGCUCUUCGCAUCAUCAUGGCCGUCGCCAACCUGGCCUUGCGGAAGGCUCUCCAGACGCAGCAGCAGGAACUGGAGCAGGGCUACGGGGGCCUUUUUGCUUCUGCGUUGGACUGAGGACUGCGUCUCCUGCGUAUCCCAAAGGCCAUCUAGUCCAACCCCUUUCUGCCAUGCAGGAAAAGCACAACCCAAGCUCUCCAGACAGGUGGCCAACUAGCAUCACCUUAGCCUCCACCAUUUUUUUGUGGCGGCAAAGAAAGCCAAUGGGAUUUUGGCCUGCAUCAAUAGCAGUCUAAUGCCUACAUCCAUGGAAGUCAUUCUCCCCUCUAUUCUGCCUUGGUCAGAUCACACCUAGAAUAAUACUGUGUCCAAUUCUGGGCACCGCAGUUGAAGGGAGAUGUUGAAUCUAGGCUGGAAAGUGUCCAGAGGAUGGUGAUUCAAAGGAUCAAGGGUCUGGAGAAUAAGCCCUAUGAGGGGCGGCUUAAAGAAAUGGGCAUGUUAAUAAUAAUACUAACAACAACAACAACUUUAUACCCUGACUCCAUCUCCCCAAAGGGACUCGGGGUGGCUAACAUGGGUCCAAGCCCAGGUAAUAAUUAUAUAAUAAUAAUAAUAACUUUAUUUUUAUAUCCUGCUCCCAUCUCCCCCAGGGGGACUCGGGGCGGCUCACAUGGGGAACAAGCCCAGGCAAUAAUAAUAAUAAUAAUAAUAAUAAUAAUAAUAAUAAUAAUAAUAAUAAUAUUUUUAUAUCCUGCUCCCAUCUCCCCCAGGGGGACUCAGGGCGGCUCACAUGGGGAACAAGCCCAGGCAAUAAUAAUAAUAAUAAUAAUAAUAAUAAUAAUAAUAAUAAUAAUAAUAAUUGUAUAUCCUGCUCCCAUCUCCCCCAGGGGGACUCGGAGCAGCUCACAUGGGGAACAAACCCAGUAUCACAUACAAUAAACAGUCAUAAAUUAAAACCAAUAUAAACAAUAAAACCAUAUAAACAGCAUAAAACAACAUAUCAGGACAUAUGAGUGCAAGAUAUAUAGAGGCAAAAAUUAUACAGACUCCAGGUAAGGUUCAGAAUAAAAUAUAGGGCGAUCAGGAAGACAAGAAGUCUUAUUUAAAGAUAAACUCAAUAAGGAAGGAACAUCAAUAAAAUCACAAUACAACAAGAUCAAAUACAUACAUAACACAAAACAAAAUAAAACACAUUUAUCUGCAAUAACAUAAUCAAAUAAUAAAAUGAUAGGAAUGACAUAAAGGAACAUAAUUUUAAAAACAGAACAAGGAUUAGAUGAGUGCCAAAAGUGCAAGAGGUGUAAGUUGUAAACCUGAAGGGCAAGGUAGAUGGGUAAAGAGCUGCAUUUCAUAGGAGACUUGGAGGUGAGAUGAAGAAUGAAAUUAUUUCCAACAAAUGGAGCAGAAUAAGGGAGCGUCAGUCAUCAUGAUUGACACUGAGGAGGACCUGUCAUGCGGAUGAAUUGCUCAAUAUUCGAAGGCACACUGAAAAAGCCAAGUUUUUGAAUUUCUGCUGCCCUGGAGACUAGGACACAAUGGAACAAUGGGUUCAAACGACAAGAAAGAAAGGAGAUUCCACCUGAACAUUAGGAAGAACUUCCUCACUGUGAGAGAUAGCUGUUCAGCAGUGGAACUCUCUGCCGCAGAGUGUGGUGGAGGCUCUUUCUUUGGAGGCUUUGAAGCAGAGGCUGGAUGGCCAUCUGUCAGGGGUGCUUUGAAUGAGAUUUUCCUGCUUCUUGGCAGAAUGGGGUUGGACUGGAUGGCCUGUGAGGUCUCUUCCAACUCUAGGAUUCUACGACCAAACUCCUAGGCAGCAACGUAUUCCACUGCCCAACAAUAAUAGCAUUUGGAAGUUCCUUCUAAUUCAGGUGUGGACAAACAUGGGAUUCUGUGAGUAAGAGUCUGCAAGGAUAGCUGUUCCCAUGCAUCUAAACCAGGCAUGGGCAAACUUCAGCCCUCCAGGUGUGUGGGACUUUCAUUUCUGCAAUUCCUAACAGCAUAUUAUUUGUAUAUUUUAUUUUUUUUGUUAUUAAACUAUUGUAGCGUA